UAAUAUAAACACAGUGAAUACAGCUGAUCUGGACGUCGGACUAGAAGCUCUUUCACACGCGCUCUCUAAAUAUCAGUGCACACGAACAUAAAUCUGUUGAUGAGACGCGAUGCUUUUUUGAUAUCGAAUGUAUUAGUGUUGCGCAUCCUUUUUUAACAUUUUUUUUAUUUCUUUGUUUGAUAAGUGCUUAUUUUGAAAUAAAUUUAUCCUGCCGAUAGACGUGCAUUUAUUCUGCUACAAUGAUUACUGUGAUACUGAAACUGGUACCAUUCUUCGCUGCCAUCAUCCUCUACUUCAGCGUGUUCAUUCCUCACACAGAACCGACUUACUUGGCCGCACUUAUCAAAUGCCUUCCCAUAAUCACAUUGAUGAUCUUCGUCGUCUGGUACUCAAAGUUUUCCAAUGUUAGAGUGCAAGCAUACGGUAGACGGAUAUUCUUCGGUCUUUUAUUCUCGUGUAUCGGAGAUUACUGCUUAAUAUGGCCAGACUAUUUUCCACUCGGAAUGCUGUCAUUCGCAAUCGGUCAUAUCAACUACAUCACGGCGUUCGGAUUUUCCACAAGAAAUCUUCCAGUAGCUGUAGUCACAUACACUAUCACGGCAUUGGGUUGUUUAUAUUUAAUGCCUGGCCUGACUGGUAUUCUAAUACCAGGUGUCCCAAUAUAUUCGAUCAUCUUGAAUACAAUGAUGUGGAGAGCUGUUUCUAGGAUGAAUAACGGGAAACCGAUCACUUCUACGAAAAUAUUGACUGCAAUCGGGGCAGUGUGCUUCGUGGUAUCCGAUUUGAUAAUAGGAUUGGAUAGGUUCAAGUUCAAAAUACCCUACGAUCAGGAACUCAUUAUGAGCACGUAUUACGUGGCACAAUUCGGAAUAGCCUUAAGUAUACUGGACGAGGGUGCCAAUGAUAGGAACGACUGAACGCGCAAAUAUCUCCACAUCAAUUGUUAUAAACAAAAAAAAAAAAACAAUGCAAAACAAAUAAAGAAAAUAAUAUGUCUUCCUUGAAAUCCAUUUUACAUUUACAACUUAAAAUUCAUACAUAUUAAAAAUUAUCGAUUGCUAUCAUAAUCACACACAAUCCAUAGAUUGC